AUGGCUAAUAAAGGAAAGGGCAAAGGAGGAAAGAAUAGAAGAAGAGGGAAGAACGAGAACUGGUCUCAGAAGAGAGAGCUUAUUUACAAGGAUGAGCAACAGGAGUACGCACAGAUCACAAAAAUGCUUGGUAAUGGCCGCGUGCAAGCAGCCUGUUUUGACGGCGUGACCAGAAUUGCGCAUAUCAGAGGAAAACUGAGAAAGAAGGUUUGGAUGGCGCAAGGAGACAUCAUUCUUGUUGCCUUGAGAGAGUUCCAGGACAACCAGGCCGAUGUGGUGCAUAAAUAUACCGCGGACGAAGCUCGUACGCUGAUUUCCCAAGGAGAGCUUCCCGAAACAGCAAAGAUCAACCAAACGGAUACAUUUGGUGAAGAUGUGGACGACGACGCUAACUUCGAAUUUGGAAACGAAAGUGAAGACGGUGAGGAGGAGGAGCUGGAUAUUGACGAUAUCUAA